ACACACAACACACAGUGAUCAAACAAAGAGAUAUAUACCUGCGUUGGGACCAACCUUAUAAUAUUCCAAUAAAACAAUCAUCUCUUUUCUUACAAUAACAUGUUACAAAUGUACCUUCAUCCCCUGUUUUUCAUGACUCUGCCACUUCCUCCCCUUCUCUCUUCUCUCUUCACCAUCUUCAUCCAAUCAUAGUCCUCUCUCUCUUCCAUCAUGGCCAAACUAGUGGUGGAAGUUGUCGAUGCGACGGACCUCAUGCCCAAAGACGGCCACGGCAGCGCUAGCCCCUUCGUUGAAAUCGAGUUCGAGGGGCAGCGCAAGAGAACUUCGACCAAGCACAAGAGCCUCAACCCUACCUGGAACGAGAAGCUAGUCUUCAAAGUUAGGAAUCCCAUUGCUCUGCCCUCUCAGACCAUCGAGGUCUUCGUCUACAACGACAACAACCACGGCCACCACCGGAACUUCCUCGGAAAGGUACGGAUCUCUGCCACCUCUGUACCCUCGUCGGAGGAGCAAGCCACCGUGCAGAGGUACCCUCUCGACAAAAGAGGCAUCUUCUCCCAUGUCAAGGGCGACCUCGCUCUCAGAGUGCAUGCAGUGCAUGGCCAGUCUGACUCGACAGAUGCUGUCGAGCCAGACCAGGAAGAGGUUCCUGCUCCGGACAACCGCCCACCACCGGAGGCGGUGGCCCAUGAUAAGACUGACAAGAGCAAGAAGGGGAGAGGCAUGAAAACCUUCUACUCGCUUGGGAAUGGUUAUGCGAGCGGGGUCCCCGCUCCCGCACCCAAGGCGGAGCCUACAUCUGCUACCACGACAGUGAUGCAAAUGCAGGCUCCGACCCAGAAGCCAGAGUACGGGGUGGUGGAGACCACCCCGCCCCUAGCUGCGAGGCUGGGGUACUGGGGGAGGGACAAGACUGCGAGCACCUACGACAUGGUCGAGCCGAUGGAGUUCCUCUACGUAAGCGUCGUUAGGGCCAUGGACCUCCCGGUGAAGGACGUCACUGGGAGCCUUGACCCAUACGUGGAGGUGAAAAUCGGGAACUACAAGGGCGUGACGAAGCACUUCGAGAAGAAUCAGAAUCCGGUGUGGAACAAGGUGUUUGCAUUCUCAAAGGAGAUGCUGCAGACAAGCCAGAUAGAGGUGACUGUGAAGGACAAGGAUGUAUCCAAGGACGACUUUGUCGGGAAGGUGACCUUCGAGGUGCCCGACGUGCCCACACGCGUGCCCCCCGACAGCCCCCUGGCCGCGCAGUCAUACAAACUGCUCGACAAGGAGGGGCAGCUACUGAAGAGAGGAGACAUUAUGCUGGCAAUAUGGAUGGGGACUCAAGCAGAUGAGGCCUUCCCGAGGGCAUGGCACUCAGAUGCUUAUACCAUAAACGAGGAUGACAUGAUAACCACCCGAUCAAAAGUUUACUACACGCCAAGGAUGUAUUACCUCAGAGUCCAUGUGAUUGCGGCUCAGGAUCUGGUCCCUUCGGACAAGUCGAAGCCGCCCGAUCCGAUCGUGAGGGUGGAGAUCGCGGGGCAGGGGAGGACGACGAGGGCCGCGACCACAAAGGGCGUGAACCCGGAGUGGAACCAGGAGCUCAUGUACGUGGCGUGCGAGCCUCUGAACGAGUACAUACGCGUGAGCGUGGAGGACAACGCGGCCGGUGGGGAGACGAUCGGGAGGUGCCUGAUCCCGGUGAGGGACGUGCCCAAGAGGGUGGAGACGACGAAGCUGACAGACGCCAAGUGGUACGUGUUGCAGAAGGUGUCCGUGGCCGGGAACGAGGAGGAUCAGAAGAAGGAUAAGUUUGCGAGCAGGGUGCUUCUCCGGCUCAGCAUCGACACGGGGUACCACGUCCUCGACGAGACCAUCCACUUGAGCAGUGACCUGCAGCCGGGUGCAGGGCAGCUCAGGAAGGCCAGUGUGGGUGUUCUCGAAGUCGGGAUAUUGGGGGCCAGGAACCUGCAGGCGAUGAAGGGGAAGGAAGGGAAGCUCACUGACGCCUACUGCGUGGCUAAAUAUGGGAACAAAUGGGUCAGGACCAGAACUCUAGUUCACAACUUGCAUCCUCUGUGGAACGAGCAGUAUACGUGGGACGUGUACGAUUCCUGCACCGUCAUCACCAUAGGCGUUUUUGACAACAAUCAUGUCAACGGUAGGGAUGGGAAGGAUCAGCGGAUGGGGAAGGUGAGGAUCAGGCUGUCUACCUUAGAAACCGAUCGCGUGUAUACGCACGCGUACCCCCUCCUCGUAAUAACCCCCGGGGGUCUAAAGAAAAACGGCGAGCUCCACCUGGCCAUCCGCUUCACCUGCACCGCGUGGGUGCACCUGCUAGCGCAGUACGGGCGGCCUUUGCUACCAAAGAUGCACUACAUCCAGCCCAUCCACAUCAAGCAUGUGGAGCUUCUCCGCCACUUCGCCUCCACAAUCGUGGCCUCCACCCUGGGCCGGGCCGAGCCCCCCCUGGGGGGCGAGGUGGUGGAGUACAUGACGGAUGCGGACAACCACAUCUACAGCAUGAGAAAAAGCAAGGCCAACUUCUACCGGCUCAUGCUGGUGAUCAAUGUCGUGCAAGACGCGUCCACGUGGCUCCGCGACAUCUGCUUGUGGAAGAAGCCCCUCACCACUCUGCUGGUGCACCUGCUCCUGGUGAUUCUCAUCUGCUACCCUGAGCUCAUCUUCCCCACAUUCUUCCUCUACCUCUUCUCCAUCGGAAUGUGGAACUACAGGCUCAAGCCGAGGCACCCGCCCCACAUGGACGCUGGCCUCUCUCAGGCGGAGGGCACCACCUCAGACGAGCUGGAUGAGGAGUUCGAGCCUUUCCCAACCCCACAGUCGAGAGUGCUCGACAUUGUGAAGAUGAGAUACGACAGGAUACGGACGGUGGCGGGACGGGUUCAGACUGUGUCCGCGGACAUGGCGAUACAGGGAGAGAGGAUCCUCUGCUUGCUGAGCUGGAGGGAUCCGAGGGCAACCGCCAUAUUCACUGCUUUCUCGUUCGCGUGGGCUGUGCUUCUCUACAUCACGCCUUUCCAGAUCAUCGCCCUCCUCAUCGGCCUCUUUGUGCUGCGCCAUCCGCGGUUCAGGUACAAGGUGCCGCCGAUACCGGUUAACUUCUUCAAGAGGUUGCCGUCGAGAUCAGACUCACUUCUCUGAGGAAUCACUCUACCCCUUUCUAAACAAAAAAAAAAAAGGAAAAAAAACAAGAAUUUUAUGUAGUGAAUGAAUAAAUCAAAUAAGACUGCAACAAAAGCAUCAAUGUUUAUGAGCCACAGUUUUUUUUUUUUAAUGACAGUAUUCAGUUUCAAAUUCAAUGUAUUAAGCAGAACAGUUUUUUCUCUUCUUUCUGUUGACUGAUUUUUGGUUAUAUUCAAGAUUUCAAUAUCUUAGUGUC